AUGUUCAGGUCGUCGCUGCAGCGACACGCCCGCGUUGGCAAUGCGGCCCGCCUCCAGAUCUCGACCUUUUCCUCCCUGCGAGCGGUGCGCUUCCAGAGCCUAGAGCGCCAGCUACAGCCCGUCAAGAGCCGCGUCUCCUUGGCCGGCCCGCGCUCCAACCCUCUGGCGGCUCUGGCCCCGAGGUUCUACUCUGCAGAGGCUGCCGCUCAGCAGGAGCCAGAUGAAGCCCGCUCGACCUCCUCCGGCCCCAUCACCCGGUUCGCAGACCUGUCUCAACUGGACGUCCACCCCAACCUAGUCCAGGCCCUCACCCAGGGCAUGAAGUACGAGACCAUGACCGAAGUCCAGUCCAUGACCAUCAACCCUGCUCUGCAAGGCGUCGACCUUGUCGCUCAGGCCAAGACUGGUACUGGCAAGACCCUGGCCUUCCUCGUCCCAGUCUUUCAGCGACUCCUGAUGGAGAUUCCUGAGCUCGCCGACCCCCGGUCCCGCCGGCGCGCUUCGGCCGACGACGUCAAGGCCAUCAUCAUGUCGCCCACCCGCGAACUGGCCGAGCAGAUCGGUGUCGAGGCGAAGAAGCUCGCCAGGGACACCGGCAUCAUGGUCCAGACGGCUGUCGGCGGAACGAGGAAACGAGAGUCUCUGAUGCAAAUGCAGCGCCAGGGAUGUCACAUCUUGGUCGCCACCCCCGGCCGCCUGCAGGACCUGCUCUCGGACCCCCACGCCGGCGUGGCUGCGCCCAACCUCAAGGCUUUUGUUCUCGACGAGGCCGAUCGCAUGCUCGACGUUGGAUUCUCCGACGCAAUUCGCGACAUCCUCGAUCUUGUCCCCUCGGUCCAGGAGGUCGACCGACAGACGCUGCUCUUCUCGGCAACUAUCCCCAAAGAUGUAGUGCACCUUGCCAAGAGCCUGGUCAAGGUAGACAACUUCAAGUUUGUUCAGACCAUCCGGGCCGAUGACGCCCCGACGCAUGAGAAGAUCCCUCAGCACGUCGCUGCAUGCAACGGCUACGAGAACUGGUUCCCGGCGAUCCUCGAGAUCGCUGACAAGGCAAUCCAGAGAUCCAAGUCCGAUCCCUCGGCUGCACCUUUCAAGGCCUUGGUCUUCUUCUCAAACACCGCCACCGUUGAAUUCGCAAACGACGUGUUCCGGGCAACCUCGCUUGGCGGCAGAGGGGGCAUUCCUAUCUUCGACAUCCACUCUAAGCUGUCGCAGGGAACGCGAACGAGAAGUGCCGAAUCCUUCCGCCGCGCCCAGACUGGCAUUCUGCUGUCGUCUGACGUGACAGCCAGAGGUAUGGACUUCCCAGGUGUAACACACGUCAUUCAGGUCGGUCUCCCGCCUGAUCGUGACCAGUACAUCCACCGUGUCGGACGUACUGGCCGUGCCGGCGCAGACGGCGAAGGGUGGCUUCUUCUUGCCAAUGAGGAGAUCCCUGAGGCCCGAUUCCGACUGGCAGGUCUCCCCAUAAAGCCAAACCACGGGUUGGAAACUGCGAAGCACGAUUUGACCGAAGGCAAGCCAUCUGGACAGGCAGAGCAAUACUUUUCUGAUAUUGAGCGUGCAUACCAACGAACGAACCCUCGUGAUUUCGACGCUGUUUAUUCUGCUCUCAUUGGACAAAAGCUCGGCAGGAAGCUUCAUGCAGAGGAUAUCAUUGGGUUGCUGAACAACUGGUGCACGGUUGGUCUAGGGAGAGCGCAAGUUCCUGCUAUCUCGGCCAAAUCCGCUCACAACCGUGGCCUGUCCAGGGUUCCGGGCAUCAGGAUAGGCAACAACACUUACGAUGAUGAGCCCGAACGCGGCUUUGGUUCCCGUGGCGGCGGUGGCUCUCAACGUGGUGGUGGUUUCGGCAACCGAUCUGGCGACAGGUUUGGCGAUCAGUUCAGCUCAGGAGGCCGUGGUGGCCGAGGAGACUUUGGCGGCCGAGGAGACUUUGGUGGCCGCGGAGACUUUGGCGGCCGCGGAGGUUCUGGUGGCCGUAGUGGCCGAUCAGACUUUGGUGGUCGUGGUGGACGAUCAGACUUUGGUGGCCGCGGUGGCAGAGACUUUGGUGGCAGAGGCAGCUUCGAGUCCAGUUUCUAA